CUCGAUAAGCCUCUCCUCUGAAUGGGCUGUUAAUAUGCCGGUCCAGAAGGUAUUGCGGGAUUGCGAGGUGUCGAACCGAAUCUGUGGCAAAGAGCAGAGGUUGGACACUUCGCAGACUACAGGAUGGAGUGCUCCGGACCGCUGCGCCACUGCUCUCCACUCGGCCCUUCGUCUCGAGCUCACGUGCGUAUGUUCGUCUCGAAUUCCUCAUUUAGGGAUCUUCUAUAUAGUAUACGCGGCAGCUUUGCCCCCAGUCAGCUCCCCACCAAACGUUACAGUUCCCCGCGGUGUUUUUGCAAGCGAAUUAAAAACCUGUGGGAUACAUCUAACCUGGAAUGCACGUCAUACAUCCGGCUUCUUGUGGGUGACUGGUCAUUCUCCAGCAUUCCAGAGCCUCACACCAGAUCACGUCGACCCUCGAACUUCGCCACUCUUCGAGUUCAUCUAUUCGCCUCCGCGGACUAUCCUCGUUUCACCAUGGACACUCUCACCGAGACCGACUUUCGAUGGAUUGCAGCAACACACGGCCAAAUAUGGGCUAUGAAGAAUGAUCUGGAGACGCUUGAUUUCAGCAACGGACUGGGAUAUCUGACCCAGCAGCUGAAGACAAGGGACAACAUCCAGCGCUUCCUAGCAUGGUAUUUCCAGCAGCAAGAGGAGGAGCUUAGGCAAGCGCGGGCUACGUCCCGGGACAGGCGAACCGUACCACCAGCAGACAUUUUCAUGCUGACGAUACACGCAACGGACUACACAAAAGAAUCGCAAAUCCGCUUACUCGAAGAGCAUUUGCUUCAAAGCAGAGAUUCAGAACUUCCCUUCAUAGGGUUGGGCUCUCACCGCGGAUACAUAUACCGACUAGAGCCCUGCGUGUACGCCCUCGAGCCCAUCAAGGACCGCGAGCUACUGAUUCCAGAUUCGAAGGAGUGGGACGCUGCCUGGUGCUCCUUCAUUCUCGGCAUCAACCUCAACGUCGAGCCUGCAAUGAGCAACCGCGCGAAGCCCGCAUCGCGGCGAAAGCGUUCUUUUCCGGACAGCGUCCGCGAGGCCUCAAACAAAUACAACGUCCUCAAGGGCAACGAUGCGACCGGCUUCGUCUUCUGCGUCCUCGGCAAUAUCCAACACGUCCCACCCGAGCACUGGCACCCCAAACAAACAAACUGGAAGAACAUGCCCUGGCGCGAUUCGCGGUUCGCGCUCACCGUGAAACUCAACGAAGACGGGUCUGUUGGAGGCGUGUAUGCUCUGUACAAGUUCUGGUCUUUUGACGGGGAUAGCAAGACGGACAAGGAGCGCGACUGCGAUCGAGCGGACUGGCAUCCGUUCCCCAGCCUGCCGGAAAGGCUGAUCGCAGGGGCUAGGCUUGGCGGAAGCAUUACAGACCUACGGUACGGUAAAGAGCUAGAGUUCGACGAGAUCAUCGACACGGAGAGAGAGAUUGUGCUAGCUGUCAAGGAUGAAGCGAACAACGCGAUAAUACGGCAGACGCUGUUGGAAGAAGACCCGAAAGAAGAAUGGCAGGACUGGGUGGUUAUGGAUGAUUGAGCUGGCGAUGGGCGCAUACAAGGAUGGGAUCUUCUCGGGCAAUUCAUCGGACAUCCCCUGGCGUAAUCUUUCUUCCUUGAGCGUUGUCCUUCUUUCCCUUCGCCAGCAUGCCUGGGCCCUCGGCCAUAUGAUACCACACUACACUAAUAAUAUGUUGGUAACCGGCGGAAUAUGGUCUUGUGCCCCAUGUAAGCCCUUGUUGUUGUGUAUCGAUCGAAAUGCACCGCAGGAUACUACUUAGCUUCCUCUGCUCAAGCCCCUUCAUCGGGCCGCAGCGGAACUUUCAGC